GUAUAGCCCAUUGUAGCGAGCCUACUCACCAAAAGCGGGAAAGCGCAUUUAGCAUAUUGGCAGAUUGGGCGCGCGCUUGUACUGCAGCGUAAAGUUGCAUUCCCUCAGCCCCCAAAGGCAUAACACUAGUAAAAAGCACCGCAUGGCGUCCUAGAGAUACCAUUCAAGCGAAAACGCGGGGCGAGCAAAAUUCAACCGCACCAAGUCGCCGAGUCAGCGCAUUCUGCGAGUUUGAAUAAGGUCCUCCAAGCGCGCUAAGUAUGCAGCUCCGCGUUUCCCGGGGCCACGCCGGUCGCGCGACGGCCAAGAAGCCGACUUGUUCCGUCAUCGCGUACACGCACCGACAAGGCGCCCAGGCGAUGAGCACGACCAAGCCAGUUGCGGCACCCACCUAUAACCCCCAGGCUCUCGCGUUUGCGGCCAGCACGGUUGCCGGGGCGCUGCUUGCGAGGGCAGCACUGCUCGCGAAUGCAACCGACUUGCGAAACGCCCUCAGCAAACUGGGACAACUUGAGCGGCAGGCUGCCAUUGGAGCUUUUCACCCAAAGAGCCCUUUUGCGACUGCGCACGCGCCCGCCACCGCCGGCCCCUUCGCAGCGCUUCCUUCCCAGUGGCUGGUGGUGACGUCCGCCGCGCACUGGUUCGAGCAGCACCGCCUGGCCGCCGAAUCCGGAGCCCUGCUGGCCACCGUCUUCGUGUCGGACGCCGCCGCCCGCGCCCAGGGGCCCCUGCUGGAGCGCCUGCGCCGUACCUACGGCGGCGAGGCCGGCCCCGUGCACUUUGUGUUUGUGCACGUGGGCGCUGGCUACGUGCAACGCAGCGCCGCCGCCUCCCGCUCCGCCGCCGCCGCGGGCCUGCGCGGCCGGCAGGCUCUGGCCGACCUGGGCCGUGUGUCUAACGUGGCGGCCCUGCACGGCCUGGACGUGGCGCUGGGCUCGUUCCUGCCCAACGGCGGCCUGCGCGCCGUGCCUUCCAUGCUGCUGUCGCAGCCCUCCUCCUGCGAGUCUGCCUGCGCCUCCGUGUCCUCCUCCAUGGAUCUGGACACGGCCGCCGCCCGCUGCUGGGCCGCCGCCAGCCGCGCCGGCGAGCUGCGUCAGCUGGUGUCGGACUGGGCGUUCAUCAACACCGCCCUGGCGCGCGCCGCCACGGUUGCGGCGUUGGCCGCGGCCGCGGCGGCGGCUCCCACUGCCGCGGCGGAGACUGCGCUCAUGGCGGCGCCAAUGCACGGCGCCAUAUGCCAGAGCUCCGCCGGUCACGGCACAGGCGGUAUGGGCACCGCCUCAACUGAUGCCAACAACAACAUUGUACCUUUUCAGGCUGCGUCAGUGUGCGCCUGCCUGCUUCCCCACUCGCGCAAGACGGCCUAGAUGACGAAAGCGGGCGGUUGAAGAAGGGGUUUGGUCAUGUAAAGUAAGUAGCCGUACGUGUCUGCGGGACGUUUAGACGGCAGGAGCUGUGUCCUGAAAGUGCUCACGCGUCCAGCUGACAUGGCCCUCCGGUGAGUGACAAUGUUCGUGCGCGGAUAGACGUGCCCCGCUGAGCAUCAAUAAGAGCGGGGCAGGGCUCAGCAAAAGGUAUGAGACGUACGUGCCAUCAUCUAGUGCGCAUGUUUUAUUGUAGUAGCAAAUGCAUAGUGAACGUAAAUAUGCAUUACGCGCAUCUCUUGCAGCAAUUUUGGUUCUGCUGCAAAUAAAUUUUGAACGAUGCCGGCGUGCGUACACACGCGUGUGCAAGACGGGAAGUGCUGCGUCUGCGGGCACUUGCAUGCAUACAUGGCAAAGCGAAGUGGCAUACAUGGUUAUCCUUUUGCUCAUAGCUGGAUAUGUGCAAAGUUAAUCCUUUGGCAUGGCUUUCAUUCUCUCUUUAUCCUGUGCCAUGCACUGGUUGCGGCGUGCUGCUGCAUGCAUGCACACCUGCCAUGAACCUGGGGGCAUGUCGCACGCACCCAUGGAGGGCACUGUAUGAUGUACGAUUAAUGGCGUUUUGUUCCCAGGGUCCAGGGAUUCAUUCUUAGGAAAGCGCUGGUGGCAUGUGGUCGCGGUUCCCUGCUGCUGCCACGGACGCUUCUGGCUUUCAUCGGAGCCGCCGAAUGCAUCGGGGCACGCGGCACAGUGCCAUCGAGCAUGCAUGGGGUCGGCUUAGAGGGCCGGUGACGUGUCUACGACAUGCCGCCGGCGCAUAGAAUUGUUCUAGGAAUUUGAUAGACGCAGCAUGCUCCGGUGAGUGUAUUUUACUGUAGUUUAUGGCUAUGGGGCGCUUGGUGGCGUAUUGGUGUGCGAUAGAUGACGCUGGGGCUUGUCAGCUCAUGUCUAGAAUUCUGGAUGCCACGCGCUGAAUUAUGAUCGCGAGACAGGGCAUCGCUGUGCGCAGAUGCGCAAGGAUUCUGUUGUCUGUGGUAGUCUCGCCAUGAAACCUCUUUGAGAGGCUUUAACCGGUUUACACUUGAGAAUGUGUAUACACAUCU